AUGAGAUUGGGUGAUUUGGUACUUUUACUUUGCGCCCCUUGCAUCGCUCUAUGUUGUUCGGUACAAUCCCUACAUCUUAUCUUUCCCCUGCAUAAUACAAACUUCGAAAACUGCAGAUCUGCCAUUAUUCUUUAUACAUAUCGACAUAAGCCACUCAGCUAUUAUAAACUCUAUCAAACAAAUAUUGUGGGGAGUUGA